AUCCUGUUCUUUGCGAAAUAAUCCGAUUCACCCGAUUAUCCUACAACAUAAAUACAUAUAGAUGAGUAAAUUAAUGAUGGGUAUUUGAAUAAAACUUAAUGCAAUUGUCAUCUAAAUGUUUACAAAGACAAGUUCGCAGUGGAGCAGUUUUCAAUACAAGACAAUACGGUAUUGUCCGGCUUUGAGUCGUCUUCAAAGUGCUCUUUUAAAUGCUUGUCCGGAAAAUACGUCGUAUGAAUUCUAAGCAGCAAGUCUGUCAUUGAAAAAAGAAUACAAAUUAAAAGAUAUAGAAUAGAAUCUCUGACACCAGAUACAUUUCACGGCGCAUUAAAGGUAAUAAAAGAAGCAUUCUGUCAAGAUGAAGCUGUAUCAAUAGGAUCAGAAGUCAAUAUGAAUCCUAAAGCGGCUGAGGAACUUCUCGAAUUAUGCGCAGACGCAGCACUGGACGGCGUUUCGUUAGUCGCCGUAAAUGAGAACACAGGAGAAGUAGUGGCAGUUGCGUUUAACAAAAUACAGGUUAAAACGUCGGAUGCAUCAGAAAAGCCAUUCUUUGAAAUAUUUGCCGACGAGCGCUGUACACAGGCUUCAUCGCGCUCGCUUAUACAAUUUAUGGCCGACGUUGACGGGAGGUGCAAUUUAUUCGAAAAAUACAAAGUCGACUGCAGUCUUGAAAUAAUGUUUUUAGCAACCCUUCGUGAUCACAGGAGACUAAAUCUGGGUACAGAACUUUGCAAAUGUUCAAUAGAUUUAGGGAGAAGAAUAAAAGAUGGUACCGCUCAUCCUAUUAACGUUGAAGAUCUUGGUCCAGAAUAUUCACAUUUAAAAAUGCGUAAACCAAUCGACACGUAUCCAAAAAUUUGUCAAGCUAUAUGGACAGCCGAAGGUUCCCGGAAAAUUGGUAGAAGUCUAAAUUUUACGGUUCACUUGAGAGUACCUCUGUCGGAAUCCGUAUUUAAUGGAAAAACUUAUUCUGAGCGGAUUGGAGAUGAAGCUGCAUUUUGUGAAGUUGCGGCAUUAUCUUUGUAAUGACUUGUAAAUUAAAAUCUUCAACUAGUAAAGUGAAAAUUACAGUCAGACAAAGCGUUUAAAACAAUACAAGACUAUUUUCUGUAAGCAAACAAUUUCAAAAUUGAAUUAUAUUACAAGAAUAAUAGAUUUUUAAAUCAAUGGAAGAUAAACCUUUGAUUGUUUUAGGUUAAUAAUAUUAUUACUUAUAUGAGAAUUAUUUUAGUUGGCAUUGUUAAUAGACAUAGGCAUUAAGAGCAGUUAUUAAAGAAGAAAGUUUGAUUGACUGUAUUUUGAUUUCAAUUCACAAGACCUGAUAACGGUACAAGAGACAGUCAGAUAUCGACGGAUUUAAUUGCAUUUGGUAACUUGGGGCAAAUUGGUUCUGGUAAUUGAUUUGGUCUCGACAUUGACUUUCCCAGGCAGUCUCACGGCGGUUAUUCCAUUAAUCCUCGAUUGUUGUCACAGCGCUCAUUGAAGUGUAAAAAAUUCAUUAAUUAUGUU